GAAACACCUGAAUCUCAUCAGAGCGGCUGAUGACUCUCGCGGACUUCGUAGCUCAGCCUAUGUCGACCAUAUCCCUGUUUUACAGCCCAGAGUGACUCUCCAGGCUGCCUGCUGCAUUCUCUUGGUUCCAGGACCACAGAGAGACCCUGUUCUCCUGAAAGCACUCAGCUUUACCUGCAGCUAACUAGGGGCUGCACCCUCCUGGCCCACACCGCCACAGUAAGAUCAGCUUCAGAUCCCUUGGAGAGAAGGAUGACCAUGCUCCUUGUGUGCGUGUUGGCAGCGCUGACAGGUGGAGCCCUGUGCCAGUACUAUGGGGAGUAUGACUACCAGCCCUCAUCCUUACUGGGUCCAUCGGGGCCCAACUGCGCACAGGAAUGCGAGUGUCCCAUCAUGUUCUCCAGUGCCAUGUACUGCGAUGGCCGCAAACUCCGCUUCAUCCCCAUCGUGCCCUCAGGCAUCAAGUACCUCUACCUGCAGAACAACCAGAUUGAGGAAAUCAAGGCGGGCGUCUUCGACAAUGCCACUGACCUCCGCUGGCUCGUCCUAGACCACAACCAGAUCACCAGCAGCAAGAUCGCCAAGGGCUCCAUCGAUAAGCUGGCCAAGCUGGAGAAGCUGUUCUUCAGCUACAACCAGCUGACAGAGCCCGUGGGGCCACUUGCGAAGACUCUGAAUGAGCUGAAGAUGAUCGAGAACAAGUUGACCAAGUUCCCUGCCAACACCCUCACGGGCUUGGAAAAUCUCACCAAUGUGGACCUGCAGGGCAAUGAGCUGAGCACUGAGGCCCUUGCUGGGGCCUUCAAGGGCCUCAAAUCCCUGACCUCGCUGGACGUCAGCAAAAAUAAGCUCAAGAAGCUGCCUGCAGGGUUGCCAAAUACCCUGGAGAUCUUAUAUGCUGACUACAACAACAUUGACAGCAUCAGCAGUGGCUAUCUGCAGAAGUUGCCAGCCCUGAAGUAUCUCCGUAUCUCCCACAACCAGCUGGCUAACUCGGGGCUCCCCGCGGGUGUCUUCAAUAUCUCGUCUCUCAUCGAGCUGGACCUCUCCUUCAACAAGCUUCAAUCCAUCCCUGAGGUCCAUGAAAACCUGGAACAGCUUUAUCUGCAGGUCAACGAGAUCAACAAGUUUGAACUGAGCAGCUUCUGCAAGUUCACCGGGCCCCUGAACUACUCCCGUCUGAAACACCUCCGCCUGGACAUGAACCAGAUCACCCACCAGGACAUGCCGUUUGACACGAGCAACUGUCUGCGUCAGGCCGCCGAGAUUGUCUUCGAAUAGAGACCUUUACAUGCCUCCGUCCUGCUCCCCAUCCCCCCUCGACUUUAGCUAUGAAUGAAGGUACACUCCCCUGUCUCUCCAGCUACAAACCUUUGGCCUUUAAAUCUAGAAUUGCUCUCCUUAUAAACUUCUGAAUUUUCUAGCUACGAACCUGGGAAUCCUGUGGUCACAAACCUAAGGAUUUUCUAACCACAAUACUUUAAUGUCUGAGAUCCUUUGAAUUUCCUGGAUGUAAACUUGGGAAUUCUCUUGUUGUAAAGAAAGAUAUUUUACUGCUACAGUCCCCUGAAUUCUAUAGCUACAAACAUAGGAAUGGGGCGUCAGCUGAAUGACACACCCAUGGAAUUUUGUUUAAUCUGUUCCCACCUCCUACCCCCUCCCCAGUCAUUCUCACCAUGAACCAGAUAAUGGGACAAUGAACAGCAAAUGAAUCAUAUUCGUUUGUUUGUGUGUUUUGACUUCUCAGAUAUUUAGCCGGCAUCCAGAAUUCCCGCUGUAAACCAUCUGGUACAUUAACAUUAAACACUUUAUCUUUCAUCACAAACAAGCAGCUUUCAGAAUAUAGUAAUGCUGACGCUAUACCACAAUAUCCAUUGCUAUUCUCUGCUGUCCAUUGUUCAUGGCCAACAGUUUUGCAACGACACACUCAUUCUUUGGUAGUUUCCCCGCGAAGCCUACAAUAGGCUUUUACUGCACAUAAAUUGCACCAGUCAUAACAAUAUUAACUGCAUAUGCUUUACACAAAGCAAUAACAUCAUGCUCUGUCCUAAGUACUUUUGACUUAAAAGCUAGUACACAUAAACCCUAGAUCUUUAGAUAAAGUACAUAUUGUUUCAUGACAAGCUGUUAUUUUUUAAUACAGAAUAGCUAUGCAAUAUAUAUUGUUUUUUUGAAGAGUCUGCUGGCUCACUUGUUUCUUUUUGCCUUGUUUUUAAUACUUUCAUAUUUUAUAUGGCACACAGGCCAAUACUGUACUUAAAACAGACCUGCAGGUAAGGAAACAGUCCCGUUCAUGUGUGCCUAUGUUAUGUACUGGAAAGGGAAAUUGAUGAAGUUUCGUUACUUUAAAAAUGAGUCGUAAAACCUUAUAGAAAAAGCAAGUCAUCAAAAUCCCACAAUGCUCCUGGCCACGAUUUCUUCAUUUCUGUCAAGACGGGCACUGAAUAAAACUGUUGAGUGAAAUUGUUCAGAAUUAUUCUUGAUGUCUUGGCAUUUUGUCGUUCUGUGCUAAAUGCUUCUGGUCAAGAAUAUUCCAUUCACUCGUUCUGUAGCAGCUGUUAACAUUUAUACAACUAUUCCGUUACUUGCAUGUCAAAGCCUCGUGUGAUAAAAACGCUGGUAUGCUGGUAAGUUUUCGGGAUCCAUGAUUCGGGAUCCAUGUUGUGGGGUUUGACUGGCUCAUGAAAGAAUUUGCUGUAACAGUAUAAAAACUAUAUAAAUAAAACUGAAUUACAAAACAA